ACUUGUCCCCACCAACAACUCGUAAACUCGAUUGUCCUAGGUAAGGCCCAACCGAGUUAACAUGGAAUUAAUGAGCAGGAGGAAAACAUCGUCACUGCCAAUUCAAUCAUCACCACUAUCGGCAAUGCUCGCCGGAGCUGAACACUCGAGACCCACCGAUCCAACCGCCGCCGCCGCCACAAACCCACUUUAGAUGAAGACUUCAAUCCAAACCUCUCAUGGUUUCACUCUGAAAUGCCCUCUUUCUCUUCCCCACCUCUCCCUCCUCUCACCAAGCCUAACAAACGCCUCGCCGGUACCAAGCGUCCCUGCGUCGUCCAGUCUCUUCUUAAGCUCUGCUCGCAGGGCCACCUCUCGCAAGCCCUCUCCUCCCUCGACCUUUUAGUCCAAAGGGGUAUCCGUUUACCCGCCAAGACUCUCGCUUUCCUCCUGCAACAGUGCGGCGCCGCCAGGUCCCUCCGAGAAGGCAAAUGGGUUCACAUCCAUUUGAAGCUCACUGGAUUCAAGCACCCCUCUACGUUUUUAGCAAACCAUUUGAUAAAUAUGUACUUUAAAUGUGCCGAUGAUGUAGAAGCCCGCAGGGUGUUUGAUAAAAUGUCUGUGAGGAAUUUGUACUCUUGGAACAAUAUGCUUUCUGGGUAUGCUAAGAUGAGGAAGUUGAGUGAGGCCAGGAGUUUGUUUGAAAAAAUGCCGGAAAAGGACGUCGUGUCGUGGAACACCAUGGUCAUUGGUUGUGCUCAGAGUGGAGUUUGUGAUGAGGCUUUGAGGUUUUAUAGAGAAUUAAGGAGAUUGUCAAUUGGUUUCAAUGAGUUUAGUUUUGCGGGUGUUUUGACUGCUUGUGUGAAGUUGAAGGAAUUGGGGCUUACUAGACAAGUUCAUGGGCAGGUUUUGGUUGCUGGGUUUUUGUCAAAUGUUGUGCUUUCUAGUUCGGUUGUUGAUGCUUAUGCCAAGUGUGGGGAGAUGGGAGAUGCGAGGAAAGUGUUCGAUAGCAUGCCUGUGAAGGAUGUUCUUGUUUGGACAACAUUGGUUUCGGGGUAUGCGAAAUUUGGUGAUAUGGAAUCAGCUAGUGAAUUUUUCAAUCGGAUGCCCGAGAAGAACCCUAUAUCGUGGACAGCUGUGAUUUCCGGCUAUGCUAGAAAUGGUUUGGGGCAUGAAGCCCUUGCAUUGUUUACAGAGAUGAUGAUGUAUCAAGUUAGACCUGAUCAGUUUACAUUUAGUAGUUGCCUUUGUGCUUGUGCUAGUAUAGCUUCACUUAAGCAUGGUAAACAAGUACAUGCGUCUUUAAUACGAAGUAAUUUUAGACCCAACACAAUUGUUGUGAGCUCUCUUAUCGACAUGUAUUCAAAAUGUGGGGAUUUGGGGGCAGGAAGACGAGUUUUCAAGCUCAUGGGUGAUAAGCAAGAUACUGUAUUAUGGAACACAUUGAUAUCUGCCUUAGCGCAGUAUGGUAAUGGUAUAGAGGCAAUGGGGAUGUUUGAGGAGAUGGUCAGAUCAGGAGUGAAGCCAGAUAGGACCACCUUUGUGGUCAUUCUCAAUGCAUGUAGUCAUUCUGGUCUAGUGCAGGAAGGGCUUAGUUUUUUCCAGGCCAUGACUAGUGAUCAUGGUAUUGUUCCUGAUCAAGAACAUUAUGCAUGCUUAGUUGAUCUCUUGGGUCGAGCUGGACAUUUUGACGAGUUAAUCAACCAGCUCAAGAAUAUGCCAUGUAAAGCUGGCGAUCAAGUUUGGAAUGCAUUACUCGGUGUUAGUAGAAUUCAUGGAAACACAGAGCUGGGAAGAAAAGUGGCCGAACACCUUAUUGAGUUGGAGCCUCAAUCUUCUGGUGCCUAUGUACUACUUUCAAGUAUAUAUGCCAAACAUGGGAAAUGGGAGUUGGUGGAGAAGGUGAGACAGCUUAUGGAUGAGAGACAAGUGAGGAAAGAGCGGGCCCUUAGCUGGAUAGAAGUUGAAAAUAGAGUGAAUGCGUUCACUGUAUCGGAUCGGUUGCAUCCUCUGAAAGAAGAAAUAUACUCAGUUUUGGAACAAUUAGCUGGCCAGAUGGAAGAAGAUGUUUCGGUACCUAAUUCUGUGAGUAAAGAAGACCGUCUGAUCGGAGGAUGCUUUAGCGAUGAUUACUGAUUACAUGACAGGUAAACAUUGUUCUUACCUUCAAAACAGUGUUUAGAGUUCACAUUCAACAGAUGUGGUGUUUUAUUCCUUGUCAAUUUCACUGGUGUUAAAGCCAUAAUUCUUGCAAUUUCCUUCAAUUAUUCAGCGUUUGUGCUCUGACUUUAUUAGGUGG